AUGUCGGAAAACUACCGCAUGUAUGAUGACCGCUGGCGUGUGGAUCCAACAGUGACAGACCAGCCAUACGAUGUAUCCACAGAUUUCAAUGUGGCUCACAAUAUCAUGGACGAAAUUGCCACUAUCAUCAAUGCGCGUCCUACAUUAGGCCAGCAAAUGGAACACCAUACAGCAUACGAAAUGGCGCAGGUCGUCUUCGGAUCGAAUCAAAUUGAGCGCUUGGGUGCUGACUUGGAUGAGACUAAGCGACUUUGCAUGUCAAUCUUUAGGGGAGAUGAGGGUUUGGAGUAUGUGGAGAGGAGCGACGAAUACCAGCAGAAGCUGGACAAUUUUCUUCUGCGGCGGAAUAAGCCUGGUGAGAAAGCUAUUGUUAGAUCGCGGAGGGAGGUGGUGCAGCAUGCAGCUGCUUUUCAGUUCAUGAUCAAUGCCUUUGUCAAGCAGGACGAAAACAUGACUGAAACCCUGAUCAAGGAAACUCACGCCAUUCUUACCAAAGGCUUAAGUGCAGAAGACGCUGGCUUCGUCUCUGCAGCAGGCUUUGGUGGAACCUACCGCUCAGAACACGUCUUUGCUGGUGUCUCAAAGAUGACCAAGCCAGCUAACAUCGCUGGUGCUAUGAAAUCAAUGAUAGCACAGCUCCAGAGUGACUUGGCAGUAGUUGAAGCUACGGGGCACAUUGACCCAUUUAUGCUAGCUGCGACUUACUGUGACCGGUUUAUCAACAUACAUCCUUUCAAGGACGCUAAUGGACGGAUGUGUCGUAUUAUCCUUAAUGUAAUCCUGGUCAAAUAUGCUGGGGUGGUGGUGCCGCUUGGUGAGAAGGGAGAGGAGCGAGAUGAGUACUUGGCGAUUGCGCAGGAAAGCACACGAGUGGCUGGCCAUCCAGGCCAGCUUGGAACUUUGGUGCUUGCAAAGGCUAGUAAGGGCUUUAAGAAAAUGCUUAAUACGUUGAAGCGACCUAGUUCAGAGGAGUCGUAG